CUGGCAAGCACCUGGCAAACCUGGCACAAUACUCGAGUUGGGCACGUUUGCGUCAAUUUCAAAGGCAUUUCGUUCUCUUGUAGUUUAUUUCCUUGUUGUCUUUUUUUACCUUGGGUUACUAUGAACAGAAUCAACUUAAUGAAUGCACCCCCAAGUUGGGAAACUCGGCGUUUUGCGUAGAUUACAGCGGCGGGCAUCGAGGGACAGCCGGGAGCAAUCCGCGCAAUAACCGGCAACCCGUCGGUCGAGCAAACAAUAAAUCCGCCUUGACCAGAAGCAAAACGGUUGCCGAGCUAGUCACUAAGAUUAAUUUUUGCGCGUGCUAGCCUAGCCUCUGCUGGAGCUUCUGCUGCACAUCUGCGUCGCCACACGUUUUAUCAUGUGUGUUCUGAAACACCUCCGUGCCUCACCUGGCCCAAUCGAUCGCAGCCAACCAUGGGGGACAAGCCACUAAACUCGGCAGCACGGUGCAAUUCGCAUCAGUAGCUCCAUCCUCAACGCUGUGGAUUAGAGCUCGAGCCAAGGGGCAUUAUGGCUGCUUCGCACUUCCUAAGGCGUUUCGUCAGUUCAGAGUCUGACCUUCGGCUCUGUCUCAAAAGACUCUAUCAGCCGGGUCCCCGUGACAAGAUGCAAUAUCGUUCCUAUUUGGCGGAUCCUUUGUUUCUUUCUUUUUCAUCUCUUGUUUCUUUUUGUUCUUAUUCAUCGUUUACUUCAUUUGCAUCUUCGUUUACUCAGCUGCAAUACAGAACACUGCCCGUUAACGUUAGUUGACAAUGAAGUACUGAGGAUCAUUCUCUAACACCCCGACAAUGGGCAUUACUGCAUCACCAACGCUCUACUUUACGUUCAUUUAUACUACGCAGCAGUAAAUAACACCUUCAGUCGACAAUAACUUUCUAUUCAACGCAUUCUUCUUCUCUCCCACAACUUACAUUCCACGUUUAUCAACAUGGCUUCAGCCGUCAACACACAGGCUUUAAUAGCCACAUUUGCAUUUGGUAUCAUCGUUUUAGCAGCCUCAGGUGUAGGAUACAUACAUGUUAGAGAACAUGGAAAGUACUUCUUCCGCGACACAUUGAGGCUGGUCCUCUUGGGCUUUUUGGCGUGCGCUAGCCUGUGGGCAGUGAUGGGCUUCGCUGCGACUCUACUCGACGUUAACUCAACAGUUCCAUGUCAGGCAAUUGUUGCUGUGGCUUCUACUUUUGACCAAAUGGCCCGAAUCAGCAUCGAACAGUUCUUACUUAGCACUAUCCAUCGGGGGUUUCCGAUGGCCAUGAGCACCUACUGGGCCCAGGCAGUUAUAUUUGCCCGAUUUGUGCUUGGCGGUGUUUUUGUGGCCAUUCAGCGGCCAGAUUUCAAACCUGUUUGUGUCAACACUAACAUCCUAUUCCCUCUCGGCAUAGCAGCCACGGGCACAGAUGCUUUCUUAUGCUGCAUGUUUAUUUAUAAGCUUGUUACGAUGCCAGUCAAGAAGCAUCCUAUGAUGGAGAUUGCAUUAGCGUUUUCUGUAUGGACUGCGGCCAGUACACCCAUGAACUUGGGCUUUUCGUACUUCGAUCUCGUGGUCCGAACCGUUGUCCCCGCAGCUGGACUACUAGUUCUCAUUGUCACCUUGCUUUUAUGCAAAAGCGAUAUAGAGAUUCAAAAGAACGUUCAGCCUCCCUUGACUCCCGGUUUCAAUAAAGACGAAAUGCCAGGCAAGGUCCGAAUAACAACAAAGAAACCGAAUGUCGGGCCGAAAGGCAAAGCACGCCAAUCUACACAUCCGUCUCGGCAGCAAUCCCGCCGAGUUGAAGCCCAAGCUCCCAUGCCGCCUCCCAAGUCUGUCAAGGUUCCCGGCCAACAGCUACCCGUCAUUGCGGCGCCUAUCCCUGGUCAGAGUUCCCAUGGAGUGGGAGGUGUACCAAUCCAAGGAGCCCUCAUGCCGCCAAUGAAAGCGCAGGAAGUGCCAGUUCUCACGCAGCAGCCACAACGAAAGCGAAUCUUGCCUCCAGGGAAGCUCAAAAUAUCACAACCAGUCAUGAGGGAAAGUACGGGACGCAGCAUCAUGGAAAAGAUCGCAGUGACAGAUCUAAACACUGCUGCAAAGAUGCAACAAGAGAGGCGGCAAACUGGGGCUACCAUAACUCCAUCCUCCGCGGGCCUACCGCUCUCUCAGAAAGAGAUGCUUCAGAAGCUACAGGUUCUACCAAGGAAAGAGGUCGGUUCUCCUAGCUUCAACCCCAACGGUUCCCAAGCCUACGCAUCUGCGCUACAACCGUCUCCUGGCCUGCAAGAUGUACGGAGACGUUCGACGCAAUAUUCCCAAUUACACAGCCAUCCUGGUCCUCGGACCGUUUCACAACGAGCAUCUGUCAUCGAUAGUCAAAGGCUUCCUCAUAUCUCUGCUGUAAUGACAAAUUUCUCGUUGCCAUCGCCAGGCCAACCGUUGUCAGCACCACCAGUGCCAGCUCAGAAUCCUAGACGAAGAUCAUCCAAUGGCAAGACAUCACCUCCACGAUCCAGCUCCCGCGAGCGAGUCUUCACGGACCCGAACAGGCCACCUUCCAUCCCCAGAAGCCUUUUGCAAGAAGCCAAAUUGGAUAUUCCCCCGAAGAAUUUCUCUCCAGUUGGUGCGUCUAGUCCCUUAGUACCUCGUGUCUCUCCUCUAUCUGCUACGUGGUCGGAAUGGAACGAGCAGCAUCGAGUCUCCUACAUGUCACCUCAGGACGGUACUAUGUAUAGUCAGUCAGCAUACUCUCAACCAGUAUUUGAGUACCCAGGCUAUGUGCAGCCAGCCUUUGUGGGCGAAAACAGCAGCCAGACAAUAGUCCCGAGGAGUCGAUCUGUCAAACUCAAUAUCCGACCCUCUCGCCAUAUGCCGCCAUCGCCUCCCCCAGCUGUAGAGUCUACGGUAGCGCCCAAAACGCCCGUACAAAUGCGUUCAGAGUCCGGGAUACCUGGAAAUCCUCGAUCUCGUGCCUCAAAGGGCAAAUUUUACACAGCGUGGGCUCCUCAGCCGCCCAACCACUUCGUCAUCGACCUCGGCGCUGACAUGGUUCCUGAAAAUGCUGCAGAGACAGACUCGGCAGAGAUAACCAGCCUAACGUCUUCUCAUUUUUCGGUAAUGAGCCGACCUCGGCCUGUUCCUCGAAAAUCGAGACUGUACGGCUCCGUCAGCUCUACCAAGAGCUCUAUUGAAUCUCGACGCAGAUCCAAUUCAACAGGGCAAAUCGAGAAUCUGCGAGCGAUUCUUACUGCGGUUUUACAAAAUGAGGCAAACGGAGAUUCAGUGCCAGCUGCUCCUAAAAGCGCUGAUUUUGUCUUGUUCCAAACGGCCCCAAACGAUUCUGUGACAGAAACAGCUUGGGAACCAGUCCGAGCGCCGCAACCUGCAACCGCAGCGUCUCAUACCACAACCCAAGGCUCUAACUUAUCUCGAAACGCUCCAAAAGUGUCCGAUGUUUCUGCUGGAGAAGCGGAAAAUCCGUAUAACACUACAACAGCCUCCCCCGCCACUACCAGAAUUCCGGUGCAGUCGAACUCAUCUUUCGAAAGCAUCAAGCGCCGUUCCUCGAACACAUUAGCCAUCGAUGAGCUGCGUGUGCUUUCCAUGAUUGAUUAUUCUUCAAAUUCAUCACCAUUUGCGAUUGAAAGUUUACCCGGAGCCAUGUCGUCCGGUCGCUCCUCGACCAAGUCCCUCUCAUGGCACCGCAGAAUAGGCGAUCCGUGCCCGACAUUCUCGGACCGCAAAUCCGAUGAUGCAUCACCACGGAAGGUCAUUCCACCCAAGCCUCUAAGGCUUAGCACCUACUUUAAUUCGGUUAUUAUCGAGACUGAGCCAUCUCCUCUUGAAUCUCCUUCCCAAGCACUGGACACAAUACAACAACAACUUGAUAGCCUCGGCCAAGAUGAACCUGGAUCUGGAGACAAGCAAGAGCGAAGAAUGACGCUACUUGAGAGCCUUGAAUCUGAAAUGGAUACUCAUAAAAUUAACUGGUUGAAGAUGAAGAGUGAGCUGGCUCACAGGUCAACAACGGACCGAUCUUCUACUUCUUCACUUUCCCUGACAUCACGAUAUAACAGCGGCAAGACGUCUCCGAAAUCGCGACCUAAAACAAGCGACGGUUUAUUGGAAUACUCCCAAGCACAGGCCGCUAGCACGAAUAAUUCUUCUCACACUUCCUCCCUCUCAACCAUCAACUCUUCUGAAGUAUCGGAAAAUCAGCUAGACCGAAAGAUCACUUUACACUGUCCAGGAUCUGCAGUGUCUGUCACAAGCACAAUAAGCCAUCGAACAAACCCCACACCUCCUGAUACCGAUGAAUCGGACAGUGAUUAUGACGAGGACGACGAUGUUGCCGAGUUUACAAUCCUGAGAACCGUAGGCCCUACUGUUGCCGGGACUUCCGAGUCAACAUCACCAUAUGUAACCGAUGCAACACCAAGAUCUGCCGUUCGUGGCAACUCCUUGUCAAAAGAGGAGAGCGAUGCGCUUGUUGCAGAAUUGGCAGAGAGCAUGAAGGACUCUUGGACACCAGGAAUUCCUUCUGUCGUAGUAGUCUCGCCCGAUCAAGCUUCCGACCCUGUUGUCACUGAGCAAACCCAGCCCGCCUUCAAAGCACUACUUUCACCUCAUGGAGAUCUGCCAACGAGACCAUCCACAGCAACAUUCCCACCUCGACAGAAGUUGGCUAAGCCGCCUCGCAGGAGCAGGCGAAUGACUCAGCUGGCAGAUAUCGUUGAAAGCCCAGAACCACUAGAAAACAAGCGAGGCACACUUGGUAUUUUCAAGUUCCCUUCCGGAGAAACAUCAGAUAGUGCUAUCUUCAGCCCAUCUGACUUCGAGGCCCAGUACAAGACUGAUUCUGGAGUUCCACUGGCACAUCCACUAACCACCGGCGAAGACAACCCAAUUUCAUUCUUCGAUUCUGACAACGAAGAGAACGCUGGGGAUAACUUCAGUCUGUCUGCAGAUGAGGAAGACUACAGUGACGACGACUUUGAUGACAGUACACUCUGGGAGAUUGCCAAUCUAUUGCGUUCUGACUCCGUCCCUUCAAGGCACAGCUUACUUCCUCCUCCGGAAGACGAGGGUACCGAGAGCCCAGUACAGCCUCAAGAUUUCGACAGCUCUGUUGCUGGAACCUCUCUAAUCUCGCCUCACGCUGCCGUUACUCCCAAUAGCGUGGACUCUAGGGCGCCUGAUCUAUGGACAGAACGACCACCAACACCAGAACCUGAGCACGAACAAGCCAUCGUACACCCUACCGAAGAACAGUGGGCGUCGUACUUGCUUUCCCCACCCACCAACUUCUACGCCCCUCGCAACAUUGACGCCUCCGAUGUAUCGGUUGUUAGUCAGGCUCUUUGGGCGAUGCCUAUAGAGACAGAGAUACCGUCACUGGAUGGAGCACUAUGGGCGGCAACUCAGACAAGUCCCUCGAAGAAGACUAUGUCAAAAGAACUAUGGGCGCCAGUCGCUGCUAAACUUCCACAGGGCCACGGUCAUGGCACUGCACAAGAAGAAAAGCUCUGGGAGUCAGCACUGGCCAAAGCCUGCCUUUCUCAUGCCCGAAGUCGCACUCGUCGAACGGCCGAGCCCAAGGCCGCCGUCUUAGAGAGCAAUUGUCUUUGGAGGCUCCCUUCUGUACCCAUAGUCUCAACGGCUCCAGGUUUAUGGGUAGACAAGUCAAAGUCUGUAAAGUCUAUUCGCAGGACACUCUCGUUAAGAGCCAGUCAAUUGACACCUCUGUCGCUGCCUUCACCUACGACAAGACAACCUCUUCAGUCCAAGAGGCCCUUGACUCCAGAGCUAUUCCUUCCACAACUAGCGGGCUCAUCUCUCUGGUCAUCAACGGCCAAUAAAGAUUCGUCCCGUGAUCGCCAUUGGCUUGCUUCACCUGUCUUGUAAAGUCCAGCGAUGGCUUCCAUUAGACGUUGAAAUUCUUUGUACAACUAGUAGCAUUGGCUUAGUAUUACUGUAUGAUGAUACCAUUACACUUCAUUUGCUCUUUUCUUCUUAUAUAAACCAUCGUUAAAAACAUGAAUGCUCUAGAUGUAUAUUUAAUAACAGCUAGUUUGAAAGAAAAAGCAUGAUUAAAAUGAUAAGACAUCCUCAGGAUCAGAUCUAGCAUCUGUUUCACUUCAUCAUAGCUCAUUUGUUC